CGCUAUACGCACAUAGUCACACGUUGAGGACAGCCAGCAUGGCGGACGUUGAGGGGAUGAGCGGUGGUGCUGAAAUAAACACAGAGCAAACAACCACGGCUGACAGUGGAGGAGAAGAUGCUGGAGAAAUCGAGAAGGCGAUCCCAAAGAGCUUCAAGGAUCUGGGGGUGACGGAGGUGCUGUGUGAGGCCUGUGAUCAGCUGGGGUGGAAGAGCCCGACGAAGAUCCAGGUGGAGGCUAUACCUGUGGCCUUGGAAGGGCGCGAUGUCAUCGGCCUGGCAGAGACCGGUUCGGGGAAGACGGGAGCGUUUGCCCUCCCCAUCCUGCAGUCUCUCCUCUCCUCCGCCCAGCGGCUGCACACCCUCGUCCUAACGCCCACUCGGGAGCUGGCCUUCCAGAUCGCCGAGCAGUUCGACGCCCUGGGGUCCAGCAUCGGCGUCAAAACAGCUGUGGUAGUUGGGGGAAUUGACAUGAUGUCCCAGUCCUUGGCCCUGGCCAAGAAGCCCCACAUUGUCAUUGCCACGCCCGGCAGGCUGAUCGAUCACCUGGAGAACACCAAGGGCUUCACGCUCCGUGCGCUGCGUUUCCUGGUGAUGGACGAGGCUGACAGGAUCCUCAACAUGGACUUUGAGACCGAGGUGGAUAAGAUUCUGAAAGUGAUCCCCAGAGACAGGCGAACAUUCCUCUUCUCUGCCACCAUGACCAAGAAGGUUCAGAAACUACAGAGGGCAGCUCUGAAGGACCCGGUGAAAUGCGCCGUCUCAACCAAGUACUCCACUGUGGACAAACUGCAACAGUACUACAUCUUCAUCCCCUCCAAAUACAAGGACUGCUACCUGGUGUCCAUCCUGAAUGAGCUGGCGGGGAACUCGUUCAUGAUUUUCUGCAGCACCUGUAAUAACGCACAGAGGGUAGCAUUACUGCUCAGGAACCUAGGAAUCACAGCCAUCCCCCUGCACGGCCAGAUGAGUCAGAACAAGCGGCUCGGCGCGCUCAAUAAGUUCAAGUCGAAGUCUCGCUCUGUGCUGCUGGCCACGGACGUGGCAUCCCGAGGCUUGGACAUUCCACAUGUUGACUGCGUCAUCAACUACGACAUCCCAACCCACUCCAAGGACUACAUCCACAGGGUGGGCCGAACUGCAAGAGCGGGGCGCUCUGGGAAAUCCAUCACUUUCGUCACACAGUAUGAUGUAGAGCUGUUCCAGCGAAUUGAAAGCCUGAUAGCAAAGAAGCUUCCCGCCUUCCCCAUGCAGGAGGAGGAGGUGAUGAUGUUGGUGGAGAGGGUCAGUGAGGCACAGAGGUUUGCCAGAAUUGAGAUGAAAGAACAAGGGGAGCUGCACAAGAAGAGGCCGAGAGGGGGAGACGGAGAAGGGGAUGACACGGAGCAGUCCAGUGGAGUGCGGAAGAAAGUGAAGGGAGGCGGAGGUCGGGGUGGAAGUGGAGGUGGAGGGGGAGGGCGAGGUGGCGACAGAGGCCGAGGUGGCGGCAGAGGCCGAGGUGGCGGCAGAGGCAGAGGCGGAGGCAGAGGGCGGGGUGGGGGAAGGGGACGCUAGUCAACCCCCCCCCGGUGUUGGUAUUGUACAGCAGUAACAGACGUGACUAUUAUUAAGGUUAUCCAUAAUGUUUCAAUCCUUUGUAAUAAAAUAUACGGACAUUUUGAAGUAA